AUGGGCUUGGUGACGGCGACGUUGAUCGUUCUGGGCCUCACGUGGCUCUUCAAGUACAUCUUCUCGCGCGCCAAGUUCGUCUACGACCGCAUGUCGGCCAUCCAAGGUCCCUCUGCCCUUCCUAUUAUCGGCAACUUUCACCAGUUUCACUUUCGUCCUGAAGGUUGGUUGGUCGAUCAGCACUUAUUAAACUCCUUUGCAAGACAAGAAGAAUCAGAGAAAACCUCGUUUUCCACAACAGCAAAUUGAAGAGUUCUUCGAGCAAGCGCAAGGUCUUUCCUACAUGCUGAAGGAAGGCGACGACCGCGUGACGCGGGUCUGGCUCGGCGGCCUUCCUUUCGUCCUGCUCUACGGAGCCGAGGAGUGCGAGGCCGUCCUCGGAAGCAACAAAAUGCUCAAUAAGCCUUUCCUCUACGGCUUCCUGUCGCCCUGGAUCGGCGAAGGACUUCUCAUCAGGUUGAAAGUUUCUCAGCCGCGGAAGAAAUGAGUUUUUUUUUCAGCAAACCGGAUAAAUGGAGACCUAGAAGGAAACUUUUGACGCCUACUUUCCACUACGACAUAUUGAAGGACUUUGUUGAGGUUCUGUUUUUUUUUUAAUUUGUAGAAAUAUGUAGCUGUCGUCGCCAUUCCGGUAUAUAUAUGAGAAACAGUGGAAAACAUACCGAUAAAGAGGGUGGCAAAACGUAGGAGACUUGUAGAAAUCAGAGAGGGCAGGAAGAAUACAAAUUUUCCAAUAAGUCUCAUUGAAAAACUCUCAUGACCUUUCAUUUCAUCAAAAACAUUUCAAAAGCUCGAUGCUUUUAGGUCUACAACCGCCAUGGAACAACGUUACUCAACAAAAUGAUGGAAAUGACAGAAAGCAAAGAAUAUCAAGACAUAUUUCACACGAUCUCCCUCUGCACUCUCGACGUGAUCUGCGAAGCCGCUCUCGGAACUUGCAUCGAAGCGCAGCACAAGCCAGACUCGCCUUACCUCGACGCCGUCUUCAGGUUUCCCCCAAGCUGUUUUUUCCUUCAUAUUUCCCCACAGAAUGAAGGAGAUCGUAUUCCAACGGUUUUUGAACCCUCUUUAUUACGUCGACUUCUUCUUCAACCGAUUCGGUCCAGGAAAGGAGCAUGAUCAGUACGUCAAAGUUCUCCACGACUUCACGAGCAAAGUGAAUUUCGCUCUUUUCUUUCGCCAGAACAUUGAAGCUGUUCCAGGCAAUCAAUGCUCGAAGAGAGAAAGUCGAAGCAGCUGGCGGCGUACAGCAACUGCUUGCUCAGGAAACCGCCGAAGGUAUUUUAAGUGGGAUCAUCUAGAAGGGCUGGGUUGUUCUACAGGUCGGAGACGUAUGGCGUUCCUCGACCUGAUGCUCGAAAUGAACGCCAAAGGAGAGCUUCCUAUGGAGGGUCUUCAGGAAGAAGUCGACACUUUUACUUUCGAGGUUUUCUUUAUCCAUUCUUGGGGUUGUGUUCAAAUAUUCAAAAGGCGGUAAUAGCUAUGUAUUAAGUCUAUCCUCAGGCCCGUUUCGCAUGCUGAAAAUGUGCCAAAUCGGUCUUUUGAUGAACUCUUUCAGGGACAUGAUACGACGUCGGCUGCCAUGAAUUGGUUCCUCCACCUCAUGGGAAACAACUCGGAUAUCCAAGCGCGAGUCCAGAAAGAAAUCGAUGACGUGAGUUUGAUAGGGUCAGGCUCUCAGAAGACAGAAGGACACAGGUUCUGGGAGAAGCCGACAGGCCGAUAACCUACGAGGAUCUGGGGGAGCUGCGCUAUCUGGAGGCGUGCAUCAAGGAGACGUUGCGUCUGUAUCCGUCCGUGCCGCUCAUCGCCAGACAGUGCGUCGAGGACAUCAAAAUCAGUUUCGAAGCCCUUUUCUCCGGUUUUCUCAAAGAAAAGUUACAGAAAAGCACGUUCUUCCGGCAGGAACAGGUGUCGUCGUCAUUCCUUCGAUGGUUCACAAGGAUCCGCGCUACUGGGAAGAUCCUGAGGUUUCGGGAAAUUCAGAGACUGAUGUUUUUUUCUGUUUGCAGGUGUUCAACCCCGAGAGAUUUUACAACGGAGGCGAUUUGAAGCACGCCUACGCCUACAUUCCCUUCUCGGCAGGCAGUCGUAAUUGCAUAGGUCACUUUUUUUUUUAAGAGAAGUAAUUUUACUUGACAUUCUGUAAUUUUAUGAAACAUGGUCAGAAUAAUUUUCCAUCUACGUAAAGAUCCGGAAAUUCUCAAGCUGCACUUCUCAACUUUUUCCAUAAAUUAGGGAUAAAAGUUUCCGAAUCGCUCCCUAUCGGUGCUUGAUAACUGUUCUCAACUCUGAGGAAAACCAGUUUUAAUUUUCGUUUUUAAGAUCUUUUUUUCUUGAAAAUGAUAUCAAAUAACUUCAAAGAUGAACAUUUGCAAAUAGUUCUUAUGGACUUCAUUCUUUUCGGGUAGUAUGAUUAAGUUACGGAUUGUUUUUUUUUUCUCUUGAUUUCAAGUCCAAGUUUUUUACGAACCGUCGGAAGUAUGGUGGUAAUAUUUCAGGUCAACGGUUCGCAAUAAUGGAAGAAAAGUGCAUUUUGGCGCUUUUGCUGAAGAACCUGAAGGUGAAGGCGAAGCUGAGGACGGACGAGAUGCGGGUGGCCGCAGAACUCAUAAUCCGGCCCAUGUAUGGAAACGAGCUCAUUUUCCGCAGAAGGACUUUCGGCGACUAUUCUCCUUGCGUACUCUGA